UUGCAGUGUUGGUGUUGCUCAUGGCAGGACUGGUUUCCAGCACCAUAAUCUGUCCUGAUGGAACACAAUGUCAAGACAAAACUACUUGCUGCCUAACUGAUACAGGAUAUUCAUGCUGCCCAUAUCCAUCUGCGGUGUGUUGUCCAGAUAAAGCCCACUGCUGUCCAGCAGACUACCAUUGUAACAUGGAGAGUCAAAUGUGCGAGAGAAGGGGAAUGCCUUGGUACAGAUUCCCCUCGACCCCUCAGGUAUCAGCAGAGGAUCCGGAGGAUAUAGCUUCCACCCCUCCAAUAGAGUCUCUCAACUCUUCCGUCUCUGUGGUGCAUUGUGAUAACUAUCAUGUCUGCCCUGAUGGUACAACAUGCUGCAGGUCUCCCAGUGGAUUCUGGUCUUGCUGCAUAUAUAAUAUGGGUCAGUGCUGCCCUAAUGGCGUUGCCUGCUGUCCCUAUGGUUAUAAAUGUGACAGUACAUCUACCAAAUGCUUCAAGGGGACACUGAGUAUGCCCUCUUCUCCAAAAAUCGCUGCAAUUCCAAGCAACACCGUUCAGGUAUCAGCAGAGGAGCCAGAGGAAAUAGCUUCCACCCCUCUAAUAGAGUCUCUCAACUCUUCCGUCUCUGUGGUGCAUUGUGAUAACUAUCAUGUCUGCCCUGAUGGUACAACAUGCUGCAGGUCUCCCAGUGGAUUCUGGUCUUGCUGCAUAUAUAAUAUGGGUCAGUGCUGCCCUAAUGGCGUUGCCUGCUGUCCCUAUGGUUAUAAAUGUGACAGUACAUCUACCAAAUGCUUCAAGGGGACACUGAGUAUGCCCUCUUCUCCAAAAAUCGCUGCAAUUCCAAGCAACACCGUUCAGCAGGACCCCUGCUGUCUGAGUGAAACGGGCUGCUGUCCCUUUGGAUAUUCCUGUGAUGAGGAGCAAAAGUCAUGUGUGAUUAAGCCAGCUCUAGUGACGCCACCAAAACAGGCUUCAGACCUAAACAUGCCGGCUGGUAUCAUACGCUGUAGUGGUCAGUUCUACUGCCCAGCUGGACACACCUGCUGCAAAACACUAACUGGCCAGUGGGCAUGCUGUCCAUAUUCUUUGGGUCAGUGCUGUAAGGAUGGAAAGCAUUGCUGUAAAUAUGGCUACAACUGCAACUCUACCUUCACCAAGUGCACAAAACACUACUUAACCAUUCCUGCUCGUCUUAAGAAAAAGGCACUCAUCCUCUAAACCGGUGUGCUUCCAUGCAUACCAAAACAAAUGGCAUAAUGGCCUUCAUGCUUUAUUGAUAUGUUUUUUUACUGCUUUUUUCUUUUUUCUACUUUUUCUACCUAUAUUUUUACUAUACAGGAAACAGUAUAAAUUUCAAAUUAGUUGGUUUGAUAACUGUUUUGAUGUAGUAUUGCAAUCACUUGUUGACAUCACCUGUUUGAAAUUUGUAUAUUUACCUUAUUACUAGCCCUUGGAUUCAUACUG